AUGGCGGAUCCCAGCGCUCUCCAAGUCGCGCUUACACAGCAAGCCGACAGCGAGAUGACUGCUGCUUCCAACAAUCCCAGCGAUGCAGCCUCUCGAGACAUCCCCAGGAACAGGCCCACCGGCGCUGACACCGUUAACCCUACAUUUCCUGGCGAUGACCCCAGCGGGACUGGCAGCACCAGCGCCCACGAUGACUUUGCUUUCCGAAAGAGAGAAGCCGUGACCACAGCUUGGGAACAGUGGACCCGCACUAGCAAGCCAAUCGAUGACAAGCUCAAGGACUGGAAUGACACAAUCACCGACAGUCAGUUCGUCGACAGUGUCAUAGCUGAGCUCGAGCGCGCUUCGUCCUCUACAGCUGCAAAGCUCAUUGGUGUCCUCAAGGCCGAGAAUGAUCUUCUCAAGAGUUCAAACAAGACACUGACCACCCUCGCCAAACACGUCGGAGAGGACUUGGCUGGACAGACGACCUCGUCGGCUGGUGUGUACCAAGCACCCGGUCUUCAAUACCCUAUGCGUCCGCAGACCCUGCUUCGAUGGUUCAAGCGUUUUGCUGAUGCAGGAUGGGCCGUACCCGCAGGUCUUUCAAUGACCAAGGACAGGUUCGUUGACGAGCGUUACGGCUGCCCUGAGGAUUGGCAUGGCACCAAUACAGUCUGCAUAUGCGACGACAAUUCCGGUCUCAUCAUCCACAAGGGCUUUCGCGAUUUUUUGGACCAGCAGCGAGGAUGUGUCCACGAGGCACCGUAUGCACUGGCGAUGUGGCUCUACCUUUCUCGAUACAACAUCUUCUGGCCCAAGCAGACUGUGUCUUCAUGGUUCUUCGAACAGGCAUCGCGCAUUGACUCUCGCCAUCAAUUGGACUUUGCUGCUAUGGAUGAUGACCAGCACAUGAAGGCUUGGCUGAAAGCCACUGCUGCCGAGCUGCCUAGCAUCUGGGACCAAGUUCUGCAGCGCCAGGAAGAAGAUGACCGCACGAUCUCUAACAAGCUAUGGGCCCCGGUCGCGAAGUUCGUGAAGGACCACGAGCACGACAUGCUCGAGCCUUUGUGCGAUGUCUACAACCAACUCGGCGACGACGAAUUCGAUCUCAACGAAGCAGAGCCCCGGAUGACCCAAACUGCGCAUGAUGUAUUUCUUCUUCGCCUCGCUCAGGGUGAGGCCCCAGCCACCGUUCUGUCUAAUGACCAAGAGAUGCAUUCGUUCAAUCACCUUCGCGUAGCCGCUCUCAAGGAGGUGCCUACUGGACCUGAUCGCUAUACCCGCGCUUUGGGGAAGAUGAUGACCUUCGAUUUGCGAGUACAGUGGAUGAAGCACAAACCAUCACCGGAGUCCAGCCAAUCCUCCAUCAACAUUCUCGAUGGUGCCAACGCGGACGAACCGAUGGUUAUCGAUGACGACUAG